AUGGCGUUCCCUGCAGCAGUGGCAGGUCCCUGGCUUUGCUUGCUGCUCCUCCUGGGGGUUCCCCUCACUCUGGGGGCCUCUAUUCCUGGGGGGCUGAACAAUGUGCCAGUGUCAGACCCAGAAGUCCAGCAGGCGGCACAAGUAGCCGUAAAGACCUACAACGACCGCAAUAAUUGCAUAUACUACAGCAAGGGGCUGCAGGUGCUGAAUGCCCAGAGACAGGUUGUGUCCGGGAUCAUGCUAUAUCUGACCAUGGAGCUGGUGGAGACACUGUGCACGAAAAAACAAGGUGAUGUGGAUCCUAACAAGUGCCCCCUGCCAUCCCCAUCCCAGCAAAAG